AUGGAUACAAAACGGCAAGAUUUGUCUCAGAAGAAUUUCAGUAAAUCUGGCCCAAGGCCACAUUCAUCAACACCGCUGUGGAAAAGAACUCGUUCCAAUUCAUUAAGCAAUGAACUAGACGGCGAAGAGAAACCGUCGAACGAUGGCACAACAACUCCACAACCUUCUCAAAAGCCUGAUGUCAAGGCAAUUCGAAGACAAUUUGAAAAUAUGAAACCUGUAGACAAACCUGUACCAUAUAAUUCGCAUAAACGAACAUCAAUUCCAGCACUACUGGGACCGCCUGUUCAGAAAACUCACCAUGCUCGCACACCGCCUCCUACAGCACCGCUAAACAACAUGUUACCGUUAGAAAACAAUCAAUCAUCAGUGUUCCACUUUCAUGUUUCUCAAAAUUCGAAAUCGCCAUCCCCUCCACCACCACCCGUGCCACCACGAAACGGAACAAAAGAAUCUUUAAUACAAAAAACUCUUGUAUUGAGCAUGAAAAACGUUCUGAACAAUAGGACAAAUUCCUCGUCAGUAGAAGAAUCCGAGAGUGCACCGUCGCCAACACCUAAUACCAAUGAUUCCUCCGCCAUGUCAAAAGACAAUCCUACGAAAACACGAGAUUCAGUACAGCACAUACGUGCAAUUUUCGAAAACACUCAACAUUUUUAUCUACCGGGAACAGGUAAAACUGAUAAUACGGCGUCCAAUAAACCCCCAUCGUCUAGCGCCUCUCAAAAUCCUCAUGAACCCCCGCCACGUCCUGCACCACGUCCCGAGGUGUAUCUUAAAUCACAAGUGAAUUCUUGGCAUUCCAUGCCCUCGUUUGAUCCUGCUGAUAGUGCAACAGGCGAGUCCAGUAUUUCAUCCAAUCAAAAUUUAAGUCGUCGUACAUCAUCCGAGAGUUCAUUUACAGACGAAGAAGCUGAAUUUGAUGCUCAACGAGUUAAACUUCGUAAAUGUAUAGAAGAAGUUCAUGCAACAGAAAAAACCUAUGUAAAUAUUUUAUAUAUUUUAUCCGUUAAACUUUCGGCUGAGGUUAAAAAUACAUGUAACAGAGAUGAUGAUGCGAUUUUGAAAUUUAACUCAACAUAUAAACCAUUACUUGGAACAAUCCAACAAAUUUACAAACUUCAUAACGAACUUAUUCUUCCCGAAAUCGAAGAAUAUAUUUCCGGACAACGAACCGGUAAUAUGUGGUCAAUCUUCGAAAAGAAUUUCAAAGUUAUUGAAGUGUUAUAUAAACACUACUAUGUCACAUAUUACGAUACCCAAGGUAAAUUAGAUGAAUUAUGUCGAACGUCGUCUCUAAUUAAUGAAGCAAUGCUUAAAUGUCAAGUUCUUUUGGGUAAUUUGUAUCCAAUCACUCAACUUAAUUGUCCUAAUCAACGUUUACUUCGAUAUAUCCUCUGCUUGAAGACAUAUAUCAAACAUUUACAUGUCAAUUCGGAUGAAUAUAGGUAUUCACGNACUCUUCUGAUUAUAAUCAAGUAG